AUGAGCGCGGGCAGCGGCAGCGGAGCCGCCGGCGCGGCGGGCACCGCCACCUCCGCGCUGUGCCUGCUGCUCUCGCUCACCGCCGUGGCCGUGUGCCUGCUGCUGGGCGCCAAGACGGCGGAGCUGCAGGGCCGGCUGGCCGCGCUGGAGGAGCGGGGCGCCGCCGGCCACGGGCCGCUGCUGGACGCGCUGCAGCCCCGCGUGGAGCAGCUUUUCCGUGAGAAACUCGGCGAAGGACUUGUGAAGCUGCGGGCAGCGCGAGAGGCCCCAUCAGACUGCGUGUGCCCCCCAGGAAGUCACCUGUUUGGUCACAGGGCACAGCUGGGUUGGUUUCUAGAGUGGGACCCUCGGGCUUUUUGCGGCUCCGAGGGGCCGGCGGCCGGCAGAGGGGGCCCGGCGGUUUCGGCAGGGCCACGGAGAGAUCGCGAUCGGCAGAAGAAAUCAAAGAAGGAUUCUUCUCAAAUCAUCUAG